UACAUACAUAUAUACAUACAUUCAUACAUAAAUACAUUCAUACAUACAUACAUACAUUCAUUCAUACAUACAUACAUAAUAUCAAAGAAAUUAUGAAGACAAUGUAUCGACCUUGCCACAACAGUAACAACAACAGACUUUCACUACAACAAGAACAUAAACAACAUCAACAGAAUCGCGAAACUACCACAGAACUAUCAUCAUCAUCAUCAUCAUCAUCGUCGCCGUCGUCGUCGUCGUCACCACCAACGCCACACACGACGCUGAAUGUAAAUAAGAACAGGUCUUCACCUUCUCUUCCGUCGCCGUCGCGUGCAUUAUCAUCUCUGCCCUCGACUCCCCUUUUAACAACUACCUCUUCCACCCCCUCCGCUUCUUCUACAUCUGCCUCCUUUUUCUCUGCCACCGCCUUUUUUGCUGCUGCUGCUGAGUCGUCGAUUGCUCUACACGACUCCACCCCCUCCUCCCCGUAUCGCACCUCCUUCACUUCUGCCACCUCCUCCUCCUCUAUUUCCCCGUCUACUAUUCACUUCCUCUCCUUCUCUCCUCACACCCUGACGGUUCAGUCUCUUACUUCCACCGUAGCUGGCUCACAAGAAACAGGUGGUUACUUCUUGAGUAGUAAUAGUAAUAGUGGUGGUAGUAGUAGUAGUAGUAGUAGUAGUAGUAGUAGUAGUGAAAGUAAUAAGAGUAGUGGUAGCAGUAGAAGUAACAGUGUCGUUAGUGUCAAGAGCGAGAGCAGCAGCGACAGUGGUUAUCCAAUUAGUAGCAGCAGGAGCAGUGCUUGUGGAGAGGGCGGUGUCAGUGGCGUUGUUGUCAGCAGCAGCAGCAACUGUAGUAGUAGUGGUGGUGGUGGCGGUGGCGGCAGUGGUUGUAUUGAUGGUGGUGAUGGUGGUGGAAGUAACCUACGCGUCAUCAGCCCUGCUGGAAGUAUAUUUGCCACUCUGAAUUUCGAUGUUGACUAUAACGGCGACCUGAAUUCGCCUUCUCGUAUCUCCUGCUAUAAUUACAGCAGCAGCAACAACAACAACGACGACGACAGCAAUAAUAAUAAUAAUAAUAAUAAUAAUUGUUAUAAUAAUAAUAGUAAUUAUAAUAAUAAUAAUUGUAAUAAUAAUUCUUUUUUCGGGCAGCGUUUACCGUCGCUGGAACCGAAUUUGUUUAGAAUGCACACCACUUUGCAAUCACCGACAACAUCAGCAGUAACACCAACAACACCAUCACCGCAACAACAACAACAACAACAACACCAGCAACAGAAACAACAGUCACAACAACAACAACAACAUCCUCAUCAUCAUUCCUUUCAAAAACUCCAGUCUCCUCAUUCUGGGGGGCAUCAAACAUCUCUUCUUUCGAUUCCACCAUUUGCUCUAACACCUGUACAACAACAACAGCAACAACAACAACAACAACAAUCUCAAAAUCAACCACAGCAACAAUUACAACAACAACAACAACAACAACAUCACCAACAACAGCAGCAUCAUCAACAAUUUCAUCCGGAGUGGAUGCUGAGCGGAGGAAUGUUGUCUGCUCAACAACAACAACAACAACAACAGCAACAUCAUCAGAUGUCGAAUUCGGAACGUACGUGGGCCCGGUCUAUGGAAUUUACCAGUGCGGGCUCUGUCGCUGGCCCAAUGGCCAGCCUGGGGAACACUAGCUCUGCCUCGGUUGGAUCGAGCGUAGUAGCCGUGAAUCACGGUACCCCGAAUGGUACCAACACUAAUAACAAACCUUAUACAACAGCGACGGGUGGCCGAACGAGGCGUUCGGAACAGACGCAUACGCCCAGACCUAUGAAUGCCUUCAUGGUGUGGGCCAAAAAAGAGCGUAAGAAAUUGGCGGAUGAGAAUCCGGAUGUCCAUAACGCUGACUUGAGUAAAAUGCUCGGGCGAAAAUGGAAAGAAAUGAAGCAAGAACAGAGAGAUCCAUUCUUGAAAGAAGCCGAACGGCUCCGUCUCCUGCACAUGAAAGAACACCCGGAUUACAAAUAUCGACCGAGACGGAGAAAAAACCCCAAACGGAAUAUAAAACGACCUGGGGGCUCAAAUGGCGGAUCUGGUUCCAACAAUAGUCCAAGACCUGGUGCCAACAGCCAUCACCACCAAAACAGUAGUAAUAGCAAUAGUAAUAAUAGUCAUGGUACUGGUUCUGCUGUGGGUAGCAACUCCGGAAUGUCUUCGAACAGCACAUCAUCUCUUAUGAUGCAGACUCAGUGUUCUCGAAGUAAUCGUGGAAUGAACAGCAUCACGGCAAGCGCCCCGAUACUGUCCAAUUUGCUGAACACACCAGAUUCCUCACCUUGCUCCACUCCGCCAAACGAAGGCCUAGAAAAAUGCCGUGCUCUGGGUGAGAAAGGCGUCGUGUACGACCGCACCUCCAGUAGCGGUGUAUUGACCCCUGAGAUGUCGCCACACAACAAUUCCGAUGGUAUGUUUAAAUUCCCACCGACUGAUGAUGCUUCUUUUAGACAUUUUUAUCAUAAUAACCAGUUUGCUAACAACCCGGCUAACAAUAACAGCAACAACAGCAGUGUUGGCAAUAAUAACAACAACUUGAUGGCGAAUAUAAGUUACAGCGAAAUACUUCGAAUGCAGUAUGGCCAAAAUUCAGCCGCUGCUCGCUUUGCUUCCAACGACUGGAUAUGUUCAGUUCCAACCAGUUUGAGUCUAGAUUCACGACCGGGUGACUGCACAAUGCUACGAAGUCUCAUUACACAGAAUCACGGCAUAGGUCCUCAGCGACGAAGCCCCUCAGUGGUGACGUCACAUAAUUCACCAAUUAGCAGCAUCGGUGGAUAUAGCAAUCAACUGCCACCACCUCCACCUCCUCCACCGCUUGCAACAGUUCAACAACAACAGCAACAGCAACAACAUAUGCAGCAGCAGCAACAACACCAAUUGCAUCAUCAUCAUCAACAACAGCAACAGCAUUCUCUUCCUCCUCAUCUGAAUCAUUUUAGCAGUAAGCUUCAGCUGCAUUCAGCAGAGCAAGACCUUACAAAUUUACAGCAACAGAAUCACAUUCAACAACAACAACAACAGCAACAACAACAGCAGCAGCACCAUCUUGUGGCAACUGCAAAUCUACACCAUCAGUCUCCUCAUCCUCAGCAGCAACAGCAGCAGUCGCGGCAGAAUGGUCAGCUAAGAUCCCAACAAGCUGUGGUAGAUGGAAAUCAAAGUCUUUUGCAACCUAGCCCGUACAACGCUGUAAUGCCGCAAAAUUUGAUGACGUCACCAAUGAUGGAACUGCGGCCAAAUUCCGCCAUGAUGAACGGCGUUGCCAACAACGGUGUUGGUCACGUUGCUAAUGGAAACGGAAUGAUGAUGAACGCAGUACAUGCAACAGAAUCCGAACUGGACUCUCUUUAUUUGUUUGAUCCACCAGACGGUUCUGAAUUCGAUGAGAUUUUAAAUAACUGUGAUCCGCUGAAUGCUUCUACGAUCAAUGAAGAGGUCGGCGUAGUAGGUGGCGUGCCGAACGUCGCUAAUUCAAACAUUAUGUCCGCCAGUGGACUACCGAUGCAUCUGUCACAAUUGAAUUCUUCUUCGAUGCCACAGUCACAUAUGGACGCCAAUCGUCAGUAUUAUCAGUCGAUGCUUCCGCCAUCGUUAACGUCACCCAUGCAGCAGCAUCAGCAGCAGCAGCAACAACAACAACAACAGCAGCAGCAACAACUCGCACCACCUCCAUACAACAAUACUUUAGAAGAGCAGCAUCAACAUCAUCGUCAACAACAACAACAACAGCUUCAACUUCAUCAACAACAGCAACAACAGCUAAAUCGAAACAAUAGCAACAACAAUAUCGUUAACGCUACUGGCAACUGUACAACUCCUCCAACAACAAAUAAUAACAACAACAACAAUUCGAGCAACAACAACAACAUUAACAACACCAAUGCUGAAUUUUCUAAUUUUUACGACGACGGAAAUUAUGAAUUUUCUUGCUAUCUUGUCUCGGCUUUUACUGUCAAUGAGAACGAUGAUCUUUUUGCGAGUUAGAGGGAUGCUUGAAUGACAACGAUGACAACGAUAGCCCCAACAACAACAACAACAGAACACUACUGAUGUUGUAAGUCAUUAAUAACAACCUAAGUAGUAGCAACAGCACAGUUUAGCGAAACUAAGAAAGAGAAAAAGAGAAAAAAAUAUCAAAAUUAAAUAAUUAUAUGGAACUUAGUGAUAAAUUCACAAUGCGAAAAUCAACUGAAGAAACUAUAGAGAUUAAGUUUGUGCGUGCGCAUGCGCGCACAUAUGUGUACUUGUGUGUAUGCGUGUAUGUAUACGUAUAUAUAUAGAUUUGUAAAGAAGUCAAUGUGAUGUACAUGUGUAUAUAUAUUUGCAUGUAUAUAAUCAGUCAGUCGAUUGAAUGGAAUGCUUGUAGCCAGUUAUUUGUUUUUAUAUGGGACCAAGUAAAAAACUAUAAAAAAAAACAAACAAAAUGAAUAAAUAAAAGUACAAAAAUGAAGCAAAAAAAAUAAUACCAACAAAUAGAAAAAAAAAUGAAAACAAAUAAAUAUUUGAAACAAAUUGGAGUACAGAGAGAGACCCAAUAAAAGAAUAAAUGUGAAAACCAACCAAAACCAGAAAUAAUGAUAGAAAAGAAAACAUGAACAAACCAAAGCAAGCAAUGCUCAUUAAAAAUACAGCAUUUUAGCAUUAGCUUAAUCCAGUGCUCAUUUCUCGAAUGGUUUAAUGGCUCAUACCGGAAGUACAUUAACAGCAGCCAUUAUGGCCAGAGAUUCAAAGAGGUCAAAGAGAAUAUACUGCACACUCACACAUAUGUAAAAGAGAAAAUAAACAAUUUUAAUUUUA